CAAGUGGUAUCAGAGCCUAUUAUCACGCAUUUGGGACCUAAAAUACGAUGGGAGAUAAAGAGGACUCUGGUGGAGGUGAUACUUCAGUCCAAGGAGGCAGCUCAACCCAAGAUUCUGGCAUUGCAGCGCAAAGGGGAGCGCGUACAAGCCAGGGGUCACUGCUUAAGGAGGUGCUGAAGAACUUCACCAUUGAGAAGUUCUCUGGAGAUGGCUAUGAUGAUUGGGCAUGGAAGAUGCAGCUCUACUUUCGACAAAUUGGCCUCUUGAAGCUCAUGAUUGGAACGGAGCCAAGGCCAAAGGAAAUGGCAGAGCAAGCGGACUGGGAUGAACGUUCAUCUGCUGGGUACUAUCUACUGUCACAAAGCUUGGAGCUGAACCAGAGGCAUCACAUCAUGCAUCUGCUACCGGAAAUUGAUUGUGGGCCCAAGGCAUGGGCAGUGCUCAAGGACCUGCACGCUCCGACAUCGGUUGCCGCUUCUCUCAUGCUGGAUCGGGAGCUGUCCAUGCUGCGGUUGAGCGAGAAUGAAGCUGUGCAGCCCGUACUGGACAAGAUGAGGGAACUCUACGCGAAAUUGGCGAUUGCAGGCAUCACGUACCCAGAGCAGACAAAGUGUCUCAAGAUGCUCAGCCUGCUGCCGGAGUCUUGGCUGCAAUUUAUAAGCGGACUCAGCUUGCCACAAAACCAAAGUCAAUGGACAUUGGAGUGGAUUCGCACCAAGAUUCUGGAAGAAGAUUUUCGUCGCUAUACACUGCGCGGAGGUGAUGACAGCACCAGCGGCUAUGCCAUGCAAGGGACAUGGAGGGAUCGAGGGCGUGGCAAUCGCGGUCGCUCUUACCACAGCCAAGGUGGUCGCGGGACUUGGAACCAGCGGGGGCGUGGUGGCGCUGGUGCAAGAGGAAGAGGUGGUCACUCCAACAAUGACAACAGUGAACCACGCUUGAGGGGAGAGUGCUGGUAUUGCAAGGAAGAAGGGCAUCCAUGGUUUCGCUGCCCUACCAAGCCCGACUGGUGGACCCCUUGGAACCAAUCGGAGAAGGGGAAUGGAGGAAAACAACCACAUGGAGGUGCCAACAUGGUAGCUGAUCCUGCUGAAGAAACCUCCAAGGAUGACAGAGGAAUGCGAAAUGAGGAGAGGAAUGCUGGACAGUUCUACCAUGUGUGUGACAAAGAUGACAGUGGCACAGCUGUUGCAAGGGCUGGAGAGGAAUUGCACCCGCUUGACAUGUGGGUCAUGGACUCUGGUGCUGCAUGGACAAUGACACCACGCAAGGACUUGCUGGAUGCUGUGCGAGCGCCUCCAAUCUCUGAAGUGCGCUCAGCAUCCGGACAUGCAGUGAAGGUCGCUGGAGUUGGUCGAGCUGCAUUCAGAGCACCUGAUGGUGGACUGGUUGUGCUGAAGGAUGUGUUACUCGUACCGGGGCUGAAGGCCAACCUGAUAUCGCUGCGCAAGCUAGGCCAGGCCGGAGUCAGCACCACCACCAAUGGAUCCAAAACAUUCAAGGGGCUGCGAGGAGAUCGUGUGUUAUGGGAUUUACACGAAAGCAGAGAUGUCUUCAGAUCCAUGUGGCAGAUCCCUGCACUGAUAUGGGAAUCAACAAAGAAGGAGUUGGGAGAAGUAAAGGCGGGUUCUGGAGUCCAGGGGGAGUGUAAUGCAGUUAGUGCUGCAGGAGUGACGGUUUCUGCAAGGUCGGGGGAGACUGAUUGGGAAACCGCACACAGGCGUCUAGGGCAUGUGGCUAUGCCAUUGCUGCAGCAACUGCAUAAGGAAGAAGCAGUAAAGGGGCUCAAGCUUUCUGGGCAACCAAAUGCUACCAAGUGCGAGACGUGUCUGCUGAGCAAGUUCACACGGUUCCCCUUUCACGGCGUAGCUGGGAAAAGCAAGGCAGCACUGGAACUGGUGCACAUGGACCUCGUAGGACCUUUUCCAGUCCGAGGAAGUAAGGGGGAAAGGUACUUCCUGACAAUAGUUGAUGACUGGAGUCGGCUGAUGUGGGCAUACCCGUUGAAGCAGAAGGAUCAUGCUGCCUCAACAAUACGAGAUGAUUGGCUGCCGUUCGUCGAGCGACAAUCUGGGCACCCAUGCAAGAGCAUCAGAACCGACCGAGGUGGAGAGUUUCUAGGAGGAGAUCUGACUGCGUGGCUCAAGAAACAAGGCAUUGAGCAUCAGCUAACGACGUCCUAUACCCCUCAGUCAAAUGGCGUUGCUGAGAGGGCUAAUAGGACCAUCCUGGAAACUGCGCGAGCGCUGCUGAUCGAAUCAGGGCUGGGGAACUCCAUGUGGCCUCAUGCGGUGAGGCAUGCUACAGUGGCAAGGAACCGCGUACUCACAAAGGUGGCUGAUGAUAUGUGGGUGCCGCUGGAGAGGUGGCUUGGAAAGAAGCCUCCAGUGGACAUGCUUCGAGUGUUCGGAUGCAUGGCAGUGGCGCAUGUCCCUAAACCGUACAGGACAAAGCUUGGAGCAUCUGCACUUUGGUGUGUGCACCUUGGGCUUGCGGCAGAGAGCAAGGGGUGGCUACUCUGGGAGCCCUCAAAGAAUGUGCUGUUUGAUAGUCGGGAUGUCAAAUUUGUGGAGAACAUCAUGUAUGGCAAGUGGGAGAAGCAGCCGGAGGCAAGGGUCACCCAGCAGCUGGAAGAGAUCACUAUGCACUUCGAUCUGUCCGAACCUGAGGACAGCGAAGUCACUGCGCCAACGGCAAGCGGUACUGAUGAAGGAAGCAAUGAGGAUAUUGCAGCUGAUGCUGAAGUCAAGGAUCCGGAGCAGCAGCAGCAAGAGGCUUCCAAAACACCAAGUCUGCCAAAGCGAAGGAAACAGAUUGGUGGGGGGACAAAGGAUUGGGUGAAGGUGAAAGAAUGGGUAAAUCCAACCAUCUACCCUGCACGUACCAGAAUGGCAAUGAGAAAGCUGUUGAGCUCCACAAGUGGAGGAGCCACAACUGAGCAGCAGGAACAGGCUCAAGGCGAAGAUGCAGUGCUGUUCUUGGGUGAUGACCAAGAGUCAGAUGACAAGGAGCCUGCAUACUGCUUUUACGCACCAAUACAACCUCCGAGCAUGGAUCAUGCGCUAGCCGGGCCUCAACGGGGGAAGUGGCUCGUUUCAAGAGAUGCAGAGUACAACAGCAAGAUGGAGAAUCACACAUGGGACCUGGUGUACUUGCCAAAUGGGAAGAAGGCAAUACAGUGCAAAUAGGUCGCUCUGACACCAUGUAAG